UACUUUCCCACAAUCUGCAGUGCAAUAUUUAGUUGAUUCAGCCAUAGUAUUUGUGAUUUCUUUGAAAGUCUUAGUUUUAUUUCUCUGUUCCUCAUCUGUGCAGUUUUGGAGCUUGUUAUCAUUGAGCUUCAAUUUCUCUAUCAAGAUUUGUAGGUAUGCUCCAAUCUCUGUAAGCUUCUUAUGAAGAUUUUUAAUGUAAGGGCGAAUCAAAAAUUUGUGCCGUGUCAGGCAGCCCUCAAGGGAUCUGUUAGUACUUGGACCACUGGAGUCCCUAGACUCAAUGUUUAAAAUCAAUUCCAUGGAACCUUAAAGGAGCAGUUUUCCUUCAGAAACAAAUUUGAUAGUGUUGCUUCAGAAUAAAAACCAUAACUCCUUUGGAUAGGGAGCAAGACUGAAGGUCACAAUUAGGUAACCCUCAACAGAAAAGCAAAACCAGGGUAGACAUUAAGGUAAGAAGGAAGAAAACAGUGCUUUUUGUGUAGCAGAAAAAAAAAUCCUUAUCAAUGUCUUUUAUUUUUGAAAUCAAUGAAACACUUCAGUUUUAUGAUUUAAGGCUCUGAAAUAACUUUUAUACCACUUGCUUUUUAGGGGUAUAGUUAGAACUCAUUUCAUGUUUUAAAGUAACUCAUUUCAUGUUUUAAAGUUAACGCUUGUUGCUCAUUCCAAAUGAGUAUGGUAAUAGGUGGUUGGCCCCUAGCCAUUACUGCCUUUUUAUGAGUGUUUAUCUUUUUCUUCCUUAGCUGGGAGGUAAGGGGAUUCACCUAGCUCUUGGGCAAUAAAUGGUUUUUACAUCUUUGUUUAAAAUGGGCCAGAUUUGGCUAUCUUGCCUGUAGUUCACAAACCCUUCCUCAGAUCUAACUUCAUUAUCUUAUAGAAGUAGAAAUUGCCCUGGAGAAGGGAAGAAAUUUAAGCUGAUUAGUGACAGCUUGGAAACUCAGUCUAAAACCCAAAUCACUCUUUCAUUGAUUGUUCAGGUGUAGUUACCCGGCCAAGCCCUAGUUAGUGAGGAAAUAUAAAUAGCAAUUGUUUCUGUUUGGGCCCAAAAUCCUGAGGGGCCUCCCUCUCCUUCAUUGAUUUUUUUGGUUUUGGACUAGUUAAAAAAAAAAAAAAGCCAUUCUUUUGUCUCAUUUUUUACUUAGUCUUAAUCAUUGAUUAGGACUGCCUCAGUCAAAUUGAGACCUGUUAAAAGAUUUUUAGCUUAAAAAGGCCAUGGCUUCCCACUGCAUCAAGGAUCAUCCUGAUCUAUAUCUGGCCAUUGGAUCUAGAUGGCUCCGGAGGAGAAAGUGAGGCUUGUGAUUUUGUAGGUGACAUAAAUCCAAUUCACUUCCUUCCAUGUCAUGGCGUCACCGUUUUCUUUGAGAGCUAAGGACAAGCAAUGAACAAGUCUUGAGAUGGCAAGGAGCAAGCAUUUAUUAAGAAGAGUAUACUAUGUUGUCAGGUGCUGUGCCAAGUGUUUUACAAUAUGUCCUGCCUGUGAGGUAGGCACCAUUUUACAGAUAAGGAAACUGAGGCUGAAUGAAGGCUUAAGUUACUUUUACAGUGUCUGAAACUGCAUUUGAAUGGAAGAUUUUUUAUUGAAAAGCAAACCAUCGGAAAUAUUCCUUGACUCCAGAUCCAGCAUUCUAAUCACUUAUGGCUUCCUUGACGAAAGGCAAGAUGUAAAGAUAUGGUGUAAAGAGCUCUGGACUGGAGUCAGGAUUCCCUAGUGCAAGUGCCCAUUCCAACUCUCUAUAGUUUAAGAUUCUCUUCAUCUCUAAAUCUGAUCAUCCUUUCAGUAUAAGUCUGUUUGCCCAAGUCGGGAUGCUCAUACCCUCCCCAGCUCAAAGAGCUAUUAUGAGAAGUGAGUUGUAAAAUCUUGAAGGCCUUGGAAACUGAUUGGCAACUGGCCAGAUGAUACACGGAGAAAGUUAGGGUCAGAAAAGGUUGGAAUUCUACCCCUUCUACAAUUCACUUGGAGCACCCUGGGCCAGUGGAUUUGCCCCUGUGUGAGAUGGAAAGAUGAAGAACUUACAAGAUAAGUAUUAUAUGAACCCUGCCCCCUUUUUAUUUCCCUGUGUCCUGCAUAAUAUAUGCAGACAUUUACUUAACAGUAAUCAAUGACAUCAAUAUUUGACAUUUAUCAAUAUUUAGUCUAUUAGCUUGACCAUUGUGGGCUUGGAUUAUCUAAAGCCUGAAGGCCUAAGUUUUGGUUUCCUAGAAAUCAGGCGAUUUCGGGGAAACUGAAACCUUCCAUUCAAUCUUCUCUGGUAGCAACAACCAAUUAGAUGGCCUCAGGACUCUCAAUGCUCUCUAACUUGUGAUGUAAUGGCUUGUAACAAAAUCUAUAAAAGUUGUGUGUAUUCACUGAUUGUUUGGCUCUCUUGCUAUGAGGACUUUCACUUCCCUUUCUCCCCCCCCCUCCAGGGCUGCACUAACCUUUUUCCGCUCAUGGCUGGACUUCCUGCUGGACUGGCCCGCUUCUCAUGAGAUUCUAUAAUAAAUAUUUUUCUGCUUUCUACUCUGAGUAGUCAUUUUGGGUAAGGGUCCUUUACGUCCCACACACCCCUUUGAACCUUAUUUAUAAAGUGAAGGGGUUGGACUUGAGAUUCCUUCUCUUAGUUCACCUUUUCCGAGGUUCCCUAGCCACUGGGGCCAGAGGUGAUGUAGAAGAGCUGGAGAGAUCUAGUCAGAAUGUUUGCCAUCCCAAAGGCUUCAACACACCUCGUGGCUCUCCCCACCCCCCACGGUAGUAGAUGGCCACGCUCUGACCCCCAUAGGCCCCCAUAGUAGCUGUUGUCAUGGAAGAAGACUCAGAGAAUAAGAAAUUCAGCGGAAGAGAGAGUCCCAGCGACCCCUUGGCUCUGAGGGAUCCCAAUGAGCCAAGAGCAGGGCCUUCGAGGCCGGAGCACUUGCGAUGGGGCGACCAGGAGAGGCAGUCCAAGAUUCCCUUUAAGAUGUUGAAAGGACAUAAUCAAACCGUGAGCUCCUGUCACUUCUGCUUUGAGGACACUAAGAUUCUCUCUAGUUCCUACGACAAAAGUGUGAAAAUUUGGGAUGCUGUCACAGGAAUUAAUAUUCGUAGUUUUGAAAACUGUCAUAUGGGUCCUAUUUCAGAAUGCAGCCUGACAGCAGAUAGCACGAGAUUUGUUACAUCAUCCUAUGACAAAACAAUAAAGCUUUGGGAUAUGGAAAGUGGACAAGUUCUGUGGUCUUUCCACCAUGACAGUAUUAUACUUUCAUGUAAAAUUUCUUUUGAUGGUAAAUAUGUGAUCUGUGGUUUGGAUGUAGAAAAUGCACUCUGCGUCAUUGAUGCACAAAAUGGGAACGUCAUCACAUAUGUCAGAGAUCACCAUGAAAAACCAAUAACUACUUGCUGUUUUAAUCCUGACAGCCUGCGAAUAGCUUCAGGAUCAUCUAAUCUUGACGUGAAGAUUUGGGAUAUAUCAGCUAAAGCUACACUUCUAACAAUUCAUAAAAUUUCAAGUUUAAUGCUCAGAAAGUUA